AUGCUCGAGCAAAAUAUAAUUAGACCAUCGGAUUCUGCUUGGAGCUCUCCUAUUUGGAUUGUACCCAAAAAGGCGGAUGCUUCCGGCAAAAUAAAAUGGCGUCUUGUUGUGUACUUCAGGAAGGUGAACGAAAAGACAGUCGAUGACAAAUAUCCUAUUCCUAAUAUAACCGAUGUUCUAGACAAACUGGGCAAAUGUCAGUAUUUCACCACGCUCGAUUUAGCCAGUGGAUUUUAUCAGGUAGAACUGGAUCCCGCGGAUAUUCACAAAACUGCUUUUAAUGUAGAGAAUUUGACCUGA